GUCUCGAUCUAUUGUUUGCGUGUCUUAAUUGUUAAGGAACAAAAUGGCCGUAUCUAUAUAAAAGAGGAUAAAUGAGACGGAGCGCUCAAGAGAAAUACUGUUUUGUAGUCGCCUCGCCUGUGAUUCUCUUCUCUUGGUUGUUUUUCCUACGAAUAGGUAACAUGACUCGAUGUCCGGCACAUUGGUUGCUUUGGUCAGUGAUGCCAUUACUGGCAAUUUGCAGUCGACAUUCACAAGCUUCAUGGAUCACUGGAAAUGAGAUCAGAUCUGCUGUUUACCUGUCACCUGAAUUUACACUCGGACCUGGAUCAGUAGAGGAUCGAUAUUACUUCAACAUUGACUUCCCCAGAGGUCAUAUUGCAAUUAAGAAUUUCAAUGCUGAAGUAGUUGAUGAGAAAGGGAAUCCGGUGCCCCUUCAGGAAACAUAUCUCCAUCACUGGGUUGUCGCAAGAUACCUUCAACGUACAGAUUUGCCAAAUCCAGAGCCUAAUAGCAUUCAAGAGGAUCGGAAGUCUGGCUAUGUUAGUUUGAGAAACAACGGGGUAUGCCAGAAUAAAGUUCUCGGGCAGUAUUUUGGGCUUGGAUCUGAAACACGAAAAACAGAAACAUAUAUUCCAGAUCCUUAUGGAAUAGAAAUUGGUAAUCCAGAUGAAAUUACUGAUGGAUAUGAGGAGAGAUGGUUGCUUAACGUCCACGCAAUUGAUACACGAGGUGUGGAAGAUAGUUUGGGAUGCACUGAAUGCAGGUGUGAUCUAUAUAAUGUUACGGUCAACAAACAUGGUCAACCAUUGAGACCGGAGUAUGAAGGAGGUUUAUAUUGUUGUUAUGACCGUACACAGUGCCGGUUGAGACAAGGAUUUAUGGGUUCCAGAAGGAACCUCUACCUUCGAUAUACAAUCAAAUGGGUUGAUUGGGAUAGCUUUGUCGUUCCUGUAAAAGUCUAUAUUUUUGAUAUCACAGAUGAUAGGAUGAGGUUAAAUGACUCAAAUGGAUUGAGCGCACCGCAUGGCUGCAAGGUCGAAUAUGAUGUUGAGUCUUGCAGUGCUAGUGGUGUAGCUAAUAGCAAGUGCAUUGACACCAGAAGGACAAAAGUGAGGAUUCCAACCGGUGGUUAUGUCAUCUAUGGCGUUGCUCACCAGCAUACAGGGGGUGUGGGUUCAACUCUAUACAGAAAGGAUGGACAGGUAAUAUGCAAUUCAGUACCGACUUAUGGUGAAGGGGAGGAAGCAGGAAAUGAGGCUGGUUAUAUUGUAGGAAUGUCCACCUGUUAUCCUGAACCAGGCUCUAUCAAGAUAUCCGACGAAGAGACACUCAUUCUGGAGUCUAACUAUAACAGUACCAGGAAGCACACGGGAGUCAUGGGGCUCUUUUAUAUUCUGGUCGCAGACCGUACUCCUAAGCACCCACUUUUCUCAAGGCUUCCAGUUCAAAUGCACAGGAACAUGAACUUCGGUUCUCUUGCUUGGCUAUUGGCUUUCCUCGGAUUCGCAAUAAUUGUCGCCAUUGGUGUGCACCGCAGGUUUAAAAAUGACACAGAAGAUUCCUACCAUCCAAUUACAGCGUGAACUUUUUUCCGCCCCCCUAUAGUUGGUGAUACAAGAUGGAAAAUGAGGUUUGGCUGCAUUUUGAGCAUUUCUUCUCUUUCGUCGACAUUAUAUUAUAUGAAUAUGUAGACAAGUUGAAGCAAUCGAAAAGAAUAAUACGGGUCGUUUACCAUCUCGCUCAUUGCGAGCCGGGUUCUCUA